AUGCAGGUAGUCCUGGGCCCCCCGGCUAUAGUGAGCCUGGGGACGGAUCUGUGGUGGGCACCGCCGUUGCUCGAGGCCGGACUCAGUCCCGGGGGCGCGGCGGGUGGACUGGCGGCCGCCGCCCCAUACAACAGGGCACCACAGGACACCAAGUUCAUCCACACCAAGCCCAACUGCUUUGAGGAGGUGGUGUGGAGCAAGUUCAACAGCAAGGAGAAGCAGUACCUGCACAUUGGCUUGAAGCCACACAUGCGUGACAACUACCCUGCCAACAAGGUGGCCUUCUGGCUGGAGCUGGUGCCCCACCUGCACAACCUGCACAAUGAGCUCUUCACUACCACCAUGUGCCUGCCUCCCUGCGCCACGCGCUGGCCGCCACCCUGCUGCCGCAACCGAGCCCGAGCUGGGCCAAGGGGCCUAUGACUGCUUCCCCGGGGACUCCUGGGACUAUUCCACGGAGCUGACCAUCACUGUGGCUGUGGGUGCCUCCCUCCUCUUCCUGGGACCCCCGGCCAUGGAUGAACAAGUCUACCACAGAACCCAGGUUGCAGGCACCUUCAUCCUAUUCAAUGUGGGGAUCAGUGUGGUGACUCUGGUCAGGGCGGGUCCUGGGCUGAACGGUGGGGGGAAGCCUGGAGUCUCCCAAGAGCUGAGGUGGAAGGGUUGCUGGGAUGUGGCCAGACAAGGGCUGGACUUCAGGGCUCACAUUACUUCUUCAUUGCCACUGAGCUACUGGGGCUCAGGAUUAGUUAACCUCUUUCCCCACUCUACCUUCUGCCUUGGUCUGGACAGGUUCUGGCAUGUUGGGCAUCACUGCCAGGGCCAUUUCUUCACUAGGCCUCUGUACUGGAACCCAGGCAUGUUGCCAGGCUCUGAGCUGGAUCCAUCAGACUUCUGUCCUUGACCCAGAACAAUCACUGGUUUCUAAGUAGACAGAAGCUGAAUUUGAGCCCCACCCAGCCAUGGCCUUGGCUGGAACUGGGACCAGUCUCAGAUCACCACAGGCUUAAUUUUUUAUCCCAGAGACAGCCAGUUCUGGAUCAUGGUGUUCCAGACCUUUAUGGAGCCAUACUUCUUCUAGGACAUUGACAACAACUCUCAGCCCUUCCCUCUAGGAUGGAACUGGGACCUGUAUAGCCAUAUUAUUAGAUCUAUACAGAGAGAUCUAGAAUGAGUUCUAAACCCACCCUUCCACCUUCUCAUAAAGACUGGGCUUUGGAAAGGACCCAGCUAUGAUUCAUAAAGAACAAAGUUUUGGAUAAAUCGAAAACCAUGCUUUGUUUUUCCUGGAUGAUUUUCUAAAGCCUUAUUCUUCCAUAUAGAAU